CUAUGUGCAAAGGCUGUUGAGAGAGAAGCUGAUUAGGAAGCUUAUUUGAGGGAACCUAACUCAAUCAGUGGAUCUUGGCUCAAAGGAAGUAUGUUGGUCCAUCUUUGGCUUCUUUGCAGUCUCGCUGCUGUUGCUACAUCACAGGAUACAACACAAGAGGCCAGCAACUUUUUGUCUCAAUUCAAUGUACGAGCAGAAGACCUGUCUUAUGCAAGUUCACUUGCCUCCUGGGACUACAACACCAACAUCACAGAUGAGAACGCUGAAAAGAUGAAUGAAGCAGGAGCCAAAUGGUCUGCAUUCUAUGAUGAAGCAUCCAACAAUGCCAGCAAGUAUGCAAUAGAUAAAAUUAUGGAUCCUAUUGUCAAACUCCAACUUCAGUCUCUUCAGGACAAAGGAACAUCAGCGCUAUCUGAGGAAAAAUACAGUGAACUGAAAACUAUUUUAAGUACAAUGAGCACCAUCUACAGCACUGGGACUGUGUGUAAACCUGAUGAUCCAUUUAACUGCUUGCCGCUGGAGCCAGGGCUAGAUGCUAUUAUGGCUAGCAGCACUGAUUACUCUGAGAGACUAUGGGCAUGGCAAGGCUGGAGAGCUGAAGUUGGCAAGAAGAUGAGACCGUUAUAUGAACGUUAUGUUGAGUUGGAAAAUGAGGCUGCAAGACUUAAUAAGUAUUCUGACUAUGGAGAUUACUGGAGAGGAAAUUAUGAAGUAGAUAAUUCCCCAGAAUAUGCCUACAGCCGUAAUCAGCUGAUUGAAGAUGUGGAAACGACAUUUGAGCAGAUAAAACCUUUAUAUCGGGAGCUACAUGCUUAUGUGAGGUACAGGCUGGAGAAUGUCUAUGGCUCAGACCGCAUCAGUUCAACAGGAUGUCUUCCUGCUCAUUUACUCGGUGACAUGUGGGGUAGAUUUUGGACUAAUUUGUAUGCCUUGACAGUCCCCUAUCCAGACAAACCAAACAUUGAUGUAACUUCUGAAAUGGUUAAAAAGAAUUGGGAUGCAACAAAAAUAUUUAAGGCUGCUGAGGAUUUUUUCAUCUCUGUUGGCCUCUAUGAAAUGACUGAAGGCUUCUGGAACAACUCUAUGAUUACAGAGCCUAACGAUGGCAGAAAGGUUGUUUGCCAUCCGACAGCUUGGGAUAUGGGAAAAAAGGAUUAUAGGAUCAAGAUGUGCACUAAAGUGAGUAUGGAUGACUUCUUGACAGCACAUCAUGAGAUGGGGCAUAUAGAGUAUGAUAUGGCAUAUUCCAACCUCUCUUUCCUGCUGAGAAGUGGCGCUAACGAAGGAUUUCAUGAAGCAGUAGGAGAAAUCAUGUCACUGUCUGCAGCUACUCCAAAGCAUUUGAAAUCACUUGACCUUCUAGAAUCUACUUUUCAGGAAGACAACGAAACGGAUAUCAACUUCCUACUCAAACAAGCCCUCACUAUUGUUGGAACAAUGCCUUUUACUUACAUGCUAGAGAAGUGGCGAUGGAUGGUAUUUAGAGGUGACAUUCCAAAAGGUGAAUGGAUGAAGAAGUGGUGGGAGAUGAAGCGAGAAGUAGUGGGUGUGGUUGAACCACUGCCUCACGAUGAAACAUACUGUGACCCAGCUGCUCUGUUUCAUGUGGCCAAUGAUUACUCUUUCAUAAGAUAUUACACAAGGACCAUUUAUCAGUUCCAGUUUCAGGAGGCACUUUGCAAGGCUGCUAACCAUACAGGUCCUCUUUACACAUGUGACAUUACUAAUUCCACGGCAGCUGGUCACAAACUGCGGGACAUGCUUGUCUUGGGGAGAUCACAGCCCUGGACCCAGGCACUAGAAAGUAUAACAGGAGAACAGAAGAUGAAUGCAAAACCCUUGCUCCACUACUUUGAACCCUUACAUCAGUGGCUGAUAAAGAACAAUAGUGGCAGAUCUGUUGGCUGGAAUGCACUCUGGACUCCAUUUGUUGAAUCUGGCAGUUGGGAGAGGCAACAGGCAACGUCUACGGCCCUGGGACCCAUCAAUUCUCUCAAUGCAAUCAAAGUGAGGAUCAGUCUGAAAUCAGCACUUGGGAACAAUGCAUACAAAUGGGAUGAAAAUGAAUUAUAUUUGUUCCAGUCAUCGAUUGCCUAUGCCAUGAGGAAGUAUUUCUCAGAGGUCAAGAACCAGACUGUCUCAUUCCAGAGCACAGACAUUAAAGUAGAGAAUGUAACACAAAGAAUCUCCUUCUAUUUUACCGUCAGAAUGCCUGGUAAUAACAUUGACAUCGUUCCCAAAACUGAGGUGGAAACAGCCAUCAGAAUGUCUCGGGGACGAAUCAAUGAGGCUUUCAAACUGGAUGAUAAAACUCUGGAGUUUGAGGGUAUUCUUCCAACACUGGCACCAACUUAUGAACCACCUGUCACUGUCUGGCUAAUACUGUUUGGGGUGGUCAUGGGCGUAGUUGUGAUUGGAGUCAUUGUCUUGAUCAUCACUGGGCAGAGAGACCGAAGAAAGAGAAGGAAAGCAGCCACAAAUGAAUUAGUACAAACCAACCACAUCAACCCUGAACCUGAGGAUGGAGAAGUCAAUCCGGCUUUCAUACAACAUGAAGAGCAGCAAACAUCAUUUUAGAAAAUAAUUCAAAUUCUCUAUUUAAUUUUUUGUUUUCAUUUUAGCUUUAACAACAAUGCAUUGGAAAGGCCAAAAUACUUCAGAUAUCAUUAAACAUUAUGACAGGUUUCAGAGUAACAGCCGUGUUAGUCUGUAUUCGCAAAAAGAAAAGGAGUACUUGUGGCACCUUAGACUAACCAAUUUAUUUGAGCAUAAGCUUUUGUGAGCUACAGCUCACUUCAUCGGAUGCAUACUGUGGAAAAUACAGAAGAUGUUUUUAUACACACAAACCAUGAAAAAAUGGGUGUUUAUCACUACAAAAGGUUUUCUCUCCUCCCACCCUACUCUCCUGCUGGUAAUAGCUUAUCUAAAGUGAUCACUCUCCUUACAAUGUGUAUGAUAAUCAAGGUGGGCCAUUUCCAGCACAAACGUUAUGGGUUCUGAUAUUUUCAAGCAGUUGCCCAUGUGCAGCCCAAGGCAAGCAAAUGACUUGUUUGCCAUCUCUGUGUUCAAUCGGUGAUGUACAAAUACAAAAGAGGUACAUUGUGUGUAGCCCUUUCAUGAAAUAUAUUUAUCAUAUCGCACUGCCACUCAUGCUGCUAUCCGUCAACCAGCUAUUUGCAAUUUCUCUGUGUUUCCUCUAUACUCUAUUUCCAAAGGUUUUUAAUUUAGCUGUUUCUAGACCAAGAGCAGAUAUAUAAGAAGAACUGAAAAAGAAAGUGCUUCCUCCAGAUGACAAUGAAGCUUUCCAACAGGAAGAAGGAAAAUCAGAAUUUAUCAGGAGAGUGAGCUGAAAAAAAGACCUAUUAGUCAGUGGACACACACUGAGCACCUGAGGAACUUCAGCUUUGGAGGACACAGUUUGAAAUUACAUGAGAUUUUGCACCUUCAAAGUACCUGACUCCAUACUAAACCCAAAACAUAAACUGAAAGAAGACAAACAGGAACUUGAACUUUGUUAAAAUGUUGUGGCAUAUGUAAUUUGCCCAGUUGGUUGGCUUGGUAAGUAUGGUGUUGAGGUCAAACAGCAAAUAUCUCCCCUCCAAAAUAGCUUUUUGAGUUAUGCUUCCAGCUGAAAAGGAAACCUAUUGUAUAACUGUGUUUUGGAAUAAACUACUCAAAGAUCAAAUGAUCAGAACUUGAAUUCUAAUUUAAAAUAUUUC